AGUGCCACUCAGGAUAGAUUAGGCACCAUUUGCCAUAACUAAAUAGUUACCUUGUACAUCAAGUAGGGAGAUUUUUUUAAUUGGUAGCCCACCGACGUCGGUACAGAGUUACUAUUCGCCCGCCGUACAUUUUGUAUACUGAGAAGUGUAACCUCUGAAUCUCCAGUGUCACCAAACAGAUGUGGAUACACUGCGAGGGAGCUGAGUGUGAAGUGAAGUGAAGGGGAGGGUAGAGGAUCCCAGAUCAGCCAGCGAGCGGAUGACCUGCCCCCUGCACAGGACCAUGAUCUGAACGGCGCUGCACGCCGAACCCCACUCUUCCUUUCCUCCUUCUCACCUUUUUUUUUCUUCUUUUUUUUUUUUUAACCCACGGGGGAAAGACCAACUCCCCGGUCCCAGCUGCUGUGGGACAGGGUCAGCACCACACACACAGAGAGAGAGAGAAAUAGAGAGGAGAGAGGGAUAAGAGACCUCGAGGAAGAGAGAGAGUGACAACCCCGAGCAGCCACCGCUCAGGACAGCCGUGACCUCUGACCUCGCCACGCCCCCUGCCCCUCCCACCGCCACACCGGAACCAUGGGGAGGAAAAAGAUUCAGAUUCAGAGGAUCACCGAUGAGCGCAACAGACAGGUGACGUUCACCAAGCGGAAGUUUGGCCUGAUGAAGAAGGCGUACGAGCUGAGCGUGCUGUGCGACUGCGAGAUCGCCCUCAUCAUCUUCAACCACUCGAACAAGCUGUUCCAGUACGCCAGCACCGACAUGGACAAGGUCCUGCUCAAGUACACCGAGUACAACGAGCCGCACGAGAGCCGGACCAACGCCGACAUCAUCGAGACGUUGCGAAAGAAAGGCUUUAACGGCUGCAACAGCCCCGAGCCCGACGGCGACGACUCCAUCGACCAAAGCCCGCUAAACGAAGACAAGUACCGCAAGACCGAGGACCUGGACAUCCUCUUCAAACGCUACGGCUCUGCCGUCCCACAGUCCACCUUCUCCAUGCCAGUCACGGUGCCGGUGUCCAAUCAGAACGCGGCGGCGGCAGCGGCGGCGGCCCUCCAGUUCAGCAACAACCCCGGCGGCGCCCUGGUCACCACGACCUCCUUUGUCACCUCCACGCUCGCAGACCCCCGCCUCCUGUCGCCACAGCAACCCGCCCUGCAGAGGAACACCGUGUCGCCAGGGUUACCGCAGAGGCCGGCCAGCGCAGGUGCUCUUUUAGUCGGAGAUCUGGGGAACUCCAACGGAGCGUGCCCGAGUCCAGUCGCGAACGGCUACAUCAGUGCCAGGGCCUCCCCGGGCCUCCUUUCCGUCGCCAACGGCAACAGCCUGGGGAAAGUAGUCCCGGCCAAGUCUCCGCCUCCGCCCAGCCCUCAGAUGGUCAACAGCCGCAAGCCGGACCUGAGGGUCAUCACCUCGCAGAGCGGCAAGAGCCUCAUGCAGCUGACAGAGGAAGAGCUGGAGUUGGUGAGUGAGAAUGCUCAGCGGUUAGGCGGCUCCCAGGUGGCACAGUCGCUCACCACGCCGGUUGUUUCCGUGGCAACGCCCAGUCUCCUAGCACCCUUCUCUGGCAUGCAGACGGCCUACAACACCGAGUACCAGCUGACGAGUGCAGAUCUCACGGCGCUCCAGACCUUCACACCGCCCGGGCUGGUGCCUGGCAACAUGGCCGCCUGGCAACAGCAACAGCAACCAGCAGUAUCCCAGCAACAGCAACAACAACAACAACAACAGCAGCAGCAACAACAACAGCAGCAGCAGCAGCCGCAGCAGCUGAGCUUGGCGUCGCUCAGUAACUUGGUCAUGUGGGGUGCAGAGAAACAGAAUGGGGAGAUGGUUAACUGCAUCUCCAGUUUCGCUGCUAACCUGAGGCCGGUGGGCCACAUACCUCAGGGCGCCACGCUGACCGUCAACACCAACCCCAACAUCAACAUCAAGUCCGAGCCCGUGUCUCCCAACCGUGACCGCAGCACCCCGAGCUCCACCAGCUGCGCCGGGGCGGGCGGAGGAGGCCCGGGUCCAGGCUCCGGCCUGGGGUCCGCCGCCUACCCCGGCACCCUGCGCCUGGAGCCCGGAGCCCAGGGCCGCUCGCCCGUCGACAGCCUCAGCAGCAACGGCAGCUCGUACGAGGGCAGCGACCGGGACGACGGGGCCCAGGGCCGAGCGGGGGCCCCGGACUUCCACCAUCAGGCCGGCGGCGGGGCCGGGCAGCCCACCAUGCUCCUGCUGCGGCCCUCGUCGGCCGAGCCCCAGGAGCAGGACGGGGCCAACGUCAAGAGAAUGAGACUGGACACCUGGGUGACAUAGAGAGGUGACCGGAGAGGGAAGGACGGAUGGACAGACGGACGGACGGACGGAUGGAGGACGGAGAUGUGUACUUGUGGCUUGUGUACAUGCCCCCACCAGCCCUGAAACCCCCCUUUUUGUCCUUCCCUGUGCAUACACACAUCCCUGCCAUCUACCUAGUAACCGACUGUCCACACAGGAAAUGCUGACCUCACACCAUCUCAUCCACCAAACGCACACACACACACACACACACACACAUAACAAGCAUGCUGACACACACUCUUCUCAUGCCGCACGUGUGGACACCGAUGCACAAUCAUAUGGCAAUGUGCAUACACAUUUGUACUCUAAUGUACUCUUUUCACUCUCUCACACACACACACACACACACACACACACACAAAACCCCGAGGGGUUGAACCACGAAACCAGGGAUUUCGUCGAUACAGUUCUGUGGUUGGACUUGAGUGCAUUUGAAUUGAAGUGAAUGGGUUAGUUUUUAAUCCUCGCCGUAGAUGGAAGGAGACCCUCGGCGUGCCGUGGCGUUCGCCGGGUCGCUCUUCAGCCUCCGUGCGACACGCCGCUUCUCACGACAGACUCGCAAAAGCUCCGCGGGGCAGGAAGGCGACUUGUUCGUCUGCAAAAAGCGUUUCGCCGCUCUGAGCGCCGCACCUACGAGUCCGACGCGGCCGGCAGAGCAGACAAACUUAACCAGCCUCGGUUUCCCAGCAUGCCCUGCCUGUGGUUGGCGGCCGGUGGCGGUCUCCCACCCUGGUGUCCUGUCUGUCUGCCUGUCUGUCUGUUGAUCCACAGUAGGUCUCAGUCAGCUGCUCUGCUGUGAGACAGUUUCACCGAAAUGAGUCCACGUCUUUGUCCACAGUCGGCCCGACCGCGGUUUCAUCGCUCUAGCUCCAGGUUUCUUUUUAUUUUUGUUUUGUUUUUGUUUUUUUGUUUUUUUCUAAGAGACUGGGCUCUUUUGCUCUUUUUAUGCGUGGAGUUUUGUCCUUCUUGAUCUUUAGAGUUUGGAUUCGUUUCACUUUUGAAUAUGAAGACACUAAAUGAAAAAAAAACAACACCUUCAUCCCCGAGGUGAGCCGAGGCGAGCCGAGCCGAGCCGGCGGCCACGUUGGCAGCCCGGCGCCGCGCCCCGCUCAAGACUGACGGCCCGCGGUCUUCGUGCAACCCGAACGGCGCAGACUAGCUGUAAAAACCAGGAACAUAAAUUGUUUGCCGAGGUAAAAAGACUAUUUUUCUGUUUAAUCAGGGACGGGCUGCGACAGCUCAACAACACAUGACACAGGUCCUCUUUGCUUUCGCCCACAUCGUGUCAACCACAGAUGCUGAGGAGUGUGUGAGCGGUUGGUGUGUCGGUGCACGUGUGUGUUUGUGUGUGUGUGUGUAUGCGUGCUCAUUACCUCAACUACUCUUAUUUUUUCCUCUUUCAAACCAAGUGAAUUUGGCGAAUUCAUGCGGGGUUUCCUCCGUGCACACACGUAUUUUUGUCGGACGAAUCGCGUUUCGAACGGAGCCGAGCGGCCGCCGUUCGAAGGGGAUAAAACGUGAGGUACCAUGUAUAUAAGCAAUCUCGAACCUUUCUUUGUGGCUUUUGUGUGACAGGUGUUUUGAAGGUUUAAAAAAAAAGAAACAAACAAAAAAAAAAACGUAAAAAUAGAUCGUAUACAAAUAUAUAUUUAAAAAGCUUCAGGCGGUAGCAAGUGACUCUGAGGCAGGAGAACUACAACAGACGACAGGGAUUGUACAUAAGAUAACUAUAUAUUCGGCAGGAUAUCCCUUAAAAAAAAAAAAAAAAAAAAAGCAAACGCAUCAAUUCUCAGUGGAUCUGUCUUUUUUUUAUUUAUGCGUGUGUAUAUAUAAAGUGUAAUAUGUCGACGAGCCAAGAGAGGGAGCUCUAGAGGCAGAAAGGGAAGACGUACAGUAGAGUUAGUCGUGAUGACUUGGACUGUUUUUUCGAGUGAGCAAUGGUUAGUACUCUGUCAGUGAUGGAGCGCACUUUAACCCCGACAAGCCCUGCUCAACGCCUGACACCCCCCCCCCCCCCCCGCCCCCCUCACACACACACACACACACACACACACACACACACACACACCAGGGUUAGACCGAUACAUGAGGCCGAUAUUGGGAUUUGAAGGUGGAAAAUCAAAAAAUUCUUCGGACAAAUCAUGUAAUUCCACGUGAUUUUUUUCAGGCUCAUGUUUAAAAAAAAAAAAAAAAAAAAAAACGAAUGUAUUAUUAUCAGAAUAAUAAAUCAAUUUUUAAUGACACCCCUGAAUCUGAGGUGUUAAAAAUCAUAAUCAUGGAUCGUUACGGAAAAGUCAACCAACUUUCUAUUUCCACCAACAGAGCGGAAACCCUGACAUGCAAUUGUUAAAAAAAAAAAAAAAACGUAAUUAGAUUUUUUAUGUAUUUAUUUUUUGACGUAAUUGUCAUUUAACUCCUUUGAAGGUUUCAGGUGUCCCAGAGUUUUCCCACCACUGACUAUUGGAUCAGCGAGUGGGUCACUCUGCUGCUAAAACAUUAAAAAAAAAUGUUGUUUUAAGAGCUAAAUUAACAUUUAAAACAUUUCAAAAUGUUGUAAGAGCUGCUUCAAAGACAUUUUCACCCUGGAAGCAGUAAAUUGUAAAAUAUUAAGUAUUUUUUUUUGGGGGGGGGGCAUGAAACGAUUGAGUACUGGCAGCUUCACAGCACAAAUCUCAGCAUCAUGCCUCGAAAACCCAAUUUCCGUCAACCCUAACACACACACACACACACACACACACACACAUAUAUAUAUAUAUAUAUAUAUAAAAACGAGCCAAGGAUGUCCCCUGUCCCCUUUCCCUUUCCAGAAGCCAUGUGUGUGUGUCCAGACGACCUCUCCCUCCCCUGCUACAGUUUUAUAUCCCGGCGAGGUCAAUAAAGAUCAAUCAGUGGUUUUAGUGCAUUUUGUGCAUUUUGUGAACUAUGAAGGAUGUCAUUUUUUGUACUCUGUAAAUGUAAGGGGGGGGGGGGGGGGGGGGGGGGAAUGUGAUUCGGGGCCUAGCGGAUGGAUUUCAAAAAGAGAAAAAAAAAAGGAAAAAAUACAGGUCAGGAGUGCAAAUUAAUGUUUUUUUUUUUCUCCUUCCUGUUUUCUAAAAGCACUCAGUCUUUAUCCGUGUGCUUGUUAAAAGCUUUGGAGGCAGAGUUUGGGUAUCGCUUGUCGUUUUAAGCCGGACGUACUCAGAGUCGGUCUGAUCUUUUAAUGACUACCUCCCAAAUCCAACGCAGACUCGUCCACUUUUGGUUUUUACCACAUCGCUGCCACGUGCGCCGGCAUUUUCACCUCCAGCCGACCCCUGCCAGUCUGCUUUUUCAUCGUUUUUUUUUUUUUUUUUUUUUUUUUUUUUACCAGUUUAAUCUUAAUGUGACACACACAAAUAUACACAUUGCUCAAAUCACACACACGCGCUUUUGUUUUUUUCUUUACUCCGUCCAGACAAGCGGGUGUUCACUGUACUCUGAGUUUUAUUUUGCUUUCUUAUAUCUGUGUAGAUGGCCCCCGCCCUCGCCUCACACACACACACACACACACACACACACACCUCAUCACACACCACCGCCAUCAUCUUCCUCUCUGUUUUCUCUUCUCCUUUCGCUCCGUCUCGCUCUCUCUUCCUCACACACAUCUACUAACUCAAGCCUGGGAGUGUGUGGCUUGUUUUUCGGAGAGAGAGUGACAGAGUGAGCGUCAAAAUCCCGGAGUGUGUGUGUGUGUGCGCGUGUGUGUAACCUCACACACACUCCAGACUGUUAGACUGUUGUGCCCCGAGCUCCAAAAAAACGACUCAUAAAAUAAAACUUGACCCCCACCGAUGGCUUCUCCUCGUGGCAGCCGGGUUUCAGAAUCAAAAAAAUUGUAACAAAAAUGCCACCUGUUGUGCAAGGACUCAUGGGAAAUGUAGUUUUGUAUGCUGGCGAUGCUCCGGGGGGGUGGGGGUGGGGGUGGGGGUGGCGUGGGUGCGUUCGCCAUAACGCCGAGCCAAGUGUUGUACAAAACCCCGACACGUUCCUCAGAGCAGCACUAGGGGUCGCUGUAAUCACGAAAGACAAUCGUCAUGAGAAAUGGCUUAAAUGAAGCAAAAACAACACACACGCACACACACACACACGCACACACACACAACCACCCCUCCCCCCCCCAGAAAAAAAAUAUUUCCUCAUGUAUAAUGAUGUUUAGAAGUCUCACUCACUUUCCAGUGUUAAUUUGUGCUGGUGACAGUUCUAUUGUCUGUUUUUAUUCUAACUGUUCUCUGAUAAUUGAUAUUAUUACUAUAAUUAUUAUUAUUAUCAUCAUCACGUUGCAUCGACGGUGGCAACUGUUACGAUGAUAUAGAAAUGGCAAUUUAUUUUUAUUUUAUUUUCUCUGCGGUUUUUUGUGUAGGUUAGGCACCUUGUUUUAUUUGGAAUUUUGUUAUCAUUAUUAUUAUUAUUAUUAUUAUUAUUAAUAUUAUUAUGACAUGAAAUUCUAUAAAUAUUUUUUCUUUUCUUUUUUUGAGAUUUGUUUUCUUUUUUCUUCAAAAAAAAGGGUGUUACUAAUAUUGCACGAUUUUUAUGAAGCAAACACGAGCGUAGUGAUAUUAGUGAACACGCGGCCGUGGACGGAGGCGCGGCGGCGGCGGCGGCGACAAGUUCAAUGCUGCAGUUUUUAGUCCAGUGUACAAAAACCUUCAGUCCACACACGAUGACGUCGGGGGGGCGGGGCGGGGGGGGGGGGGGGGGGCGGCGUGACACGUCUAACUUAUUUCUGACCAGGCACAACGAUGUCAAUGCAUGGGCGUUACGAAAAAAAAAACAAAAAAAAAAAACAACAACAACAAGCGAAGAAUGAAUCAUGUUAUAGGAAAUAAAAUAAUAUCAACACAAAUAUACAUCACACAGAAAUAAAUUUAAGAAAAGGAAAAAAAAACUGAAAUUGAAGAAAAAAGUUUAAAAUAAAUUAUAGCUAAUAUAUUGUGUUCGGCUAGUCUGCUUUUUUUGUUUUGUUGUAAAGAUAAUUUUUUUUCUUGUUUUUGGAGAAUGAUAUACAAUUUGUGUAUAUUUUCAUAAAUAAAGUAUGCACUGAUAUGUUAUUACAAAUUCUAUACUGCUUUUACAAAAAAAAGUGUUUGUUAUUGUACCAAAGUAUCCAUUGGUC